ACUGUCAGUCUGUCAUUCUUUUUGUAGUGUAAGCAUCAAAAUUCUCCGUCAUCGUCUCCGAUUCUACCAGCUCAACUCUCUGUAUAUCAAAUCCUUUUCCGGUUUUGCACUCUUUGGGAAUUUGUCUUCUCUUCAGUUUCAAGAGGGCAGGUCUUGCCGCAAAUUCAGUAAUUGGAAGAAGCUUUAUUUAUCAUAGGCUAGUGGUUUUACUGUUAGCUGAGGACAUGCAUCAGCUGAAGCAGUUGGACCCUCUUUUGAAGAGGCCAAGAGGGUUAUAGUUUCUUCAGAACAGGAUUUUGAUUGUGCUCAAUUACAGGCUAAAACAUCUGACUAUUCCUCCUUGCUCUCAUGAGGGGUAUAUCAUUCCUUCAACAUGCCUGAAGCUCCUAAGAAAUCAUUCUUCACCCUCUCACUUGUCCCCUUCCUUCUAGCAUAUACACUCAUCCACUUCGACCCACCAAUAGAGUCUGAGCCAUUAAUUUCUAGUAGCUCCGAUGAGUGUCAACAUGACCAGAAGCAACAAUCUGAUAGCAGAAAUUAUAUUGUUCGAUUCUAUCAUUAUAAGGAAGCUGAGGAUCACUGGAAUUAUCUUCAAAACAACUUGAAAUUUAAGGGUUGGCAAUGGAUUGAGCGGAAAAAUCCGGCUGCGAGAUUUCCUACUGACUUUGGAUUGGUGGAAAUCGACGAUUCAGUGAAGGAACUCUUGCUAGAAAAGUUCAGAAAAAUGAAUCUUGUAAAAGACGUUUCGUUGGAUUUGAGCUAUCAAAGGAUAGUUCUUGAAGAGAAGAGUGAGAAGAAUGGGGCUUUUGCCAAUGGGAAGAAGAGGCCAGGAAAGAUUUUUACUGCUAUGUCCUUCAGUGAAGGUCAAAACUAUGCGGUGGCCAAGACUAGUAAAAUGAGAAUUAGCUGGAGCAGACAUCUAUUGAUGCAGAAAUCUCGAGUCACAUCCCUCUUUGGGGCACAUGAGCUUUGGUCAAAAGGGCAUACUGGUGCUAAGGUCAAAAUGGCAAUUUUUGAUACAGGCAUCCGUGCAGAUCACCCGCAUUUUCGUAAUAUCAAGGAACGCACAAAUUGGACCAACGAAGAUACAUUGAAUGACAAUGUUGGACACGGGACAUUUGUAGCUGGUGUUAUUGCUGGUCAGGAUGAAGAAUGCCUCGGUUUUGCUCCAGAUGCGGAAAUCUAUGCUUUCCGUGUAUUUACAGAUGCACAGGUCUCUUACACAUCGUGGUUUCUCGAUGCAUUUAAUUACGCAAUUGCAACCAACAUGGAUGUUCUGAAUUUGAGCAUAGGUGGACCUGAUUAUUUGGAUCUCCCUUUUGUGGAAAAGGUUUGGGAGCUUACUGCAAACAAUAUUAUCAUGGUUUCUGCUAUUGGAAAUGAUGGACCACUUUAUGGUACUCUUAACAAUCCUGCAGAUCAAAGUGAUGUUAUUGGUGUUGGUGCCAUUGAUCAAAGUAAUCAUUUAGCCUCUUUUUCUUCACGUGGAAUGAGUACCUGGGAGAUUCCUCAUGGUUAUGGUCGUGUAAAGCCAGACAUUGUUGCAUAUGGGCGUGAGAUUAUGGGAUCCAAAAUCAGCACAGGUUGUAAAAGAUUAUCUGGCACAAGUGUGGCGAGUCCUGUUGUUGCUGGCAUAGUAUGUCUCCUUUUUAGUAUCAUACCUGAAAGCAAGCGAAAGGACAUUCUAAAUCCAGCUAGUGUCAAACAAGCGCUGGUUGAGGGGGCGGCUAAGCUUUCUGGUCCCAACUUAUAUGAGCAGGGUGCUGGCAGGGUUAAUUUGUUGGAGUCCUAUGAAAUUUUGAAGAGCUAUAAACCUCGAGCAAGCAUCUUUCCUAGUGUUCUUGAUUACACUGAUUGCCCUUACUCUUGGCCAUUUUGCCGUCAGCCACUUUAUGCGGGUGCAAUGCCAGUUAUCUUUAAUGCCACUAUUUUAAAUGAAAUGGGUGUAAUUGGUCACGUCGAGGGCCCACCUACAUGGCAUCCUUCCAAUGAUGAAGGUAACCUUCUUAGCAUCCGUUUUACUUAUUCAGAUAUCAUUUGGCCUUGGAGUGGUUAUCUAGCACUACACAUGCAAAUCAAAGAAGAAGGGGCUCAGUUUUUAGGAGAAAUUGAAGGCAACGUAACUGUCAAAAUCUACAGCCCACCAGCUGUAGGAGAAAGGAGUCGUCGAAGUAGCACCUGUGUCCUGCACUUGAAACUGCAAGUGAUUCCUACUCCACAAAGAUCUGCACGGAUAUUAUGGGAUCAAUUUCACAAUAUCAAGUAUCCACCUGGUUAUAUUCCGAUAGACUCCUUGGAUGUUAGGAAUGACAUGCUUGACUGGCAUGGAGAUCACCUGCAUACAAAUUUUCAUUCACUGUUCGACAUGCUAAGAGAUGCUGGAUACUAUAUCGAAACUCUUGGCUCCCCUCUUACAUGUUUUGAUGCGAAGCAGUAUGGGACGCUUCUCCUGGUGGAUCUCGAGGACGAGUACUUCCCUGAAGAGAUCAAGAAGUUAAGAGAUGAUGUCAUUACUUCAGGUCUUGGUCUAGCUGUAUUUGCUGACUGGUAUAAUGUGAAUGCAAUGGUAAAGAUGAGGUUCCUUGAUGGUAAUACCCAUAGCUGGUGGACACCAGUAACUGGAGGUGCCAAUGUUCCUGCGCUGAAUGAUCUUUUGGCUACCUUUGGGAUUGCAUUUGGUGAUAAAAUUUUGAAUGGUGAUUUUGUCCUCUCCAAUAAACAAAAUCAUUAUGCAUCUGGGACUGAUAUUUUGAAGUUCCCAAGCGGUGGAUACUUGCACCGCUUCCCCUUCCUGGAUAGAUCAGAUAGCAGGGCCACUCAGAGCAUGACUAAGAUAGUUUCACCUAUUCUUGGUCUUUUGGAGGUUGGUGGGGGUCGAGUUGCAGUAUAUGGGGACUCAAACUGUUUGGACAGCAGCCAUAUGGUUACCGAUUGUUAUUGGCUUCUGAAGAAAAUAUUAGAUUUUACUAGCAGAAAUAAAAAAGAUCCUGUACUUUUCUCAGAUUCAGUUAGACAAAAUACACCAUUAUAUGUUGAUAAGAACAAGCUACCAUCCCGUAGAAUAGAUGUGAAUUUUUCUAUGUAUUCUAGUGUUGUUGGAAAGAAAUUGAUCUGCGGGCGUGACUCAAGAUUUGAAGUAUGGGGAACUAAGGGUUACAAUUUACAAACCAAGGGAAAGAACCGCAGAUUGCCUGCCUAUCCUGUCAAUGACUUGGGUGGAGGUCUAAAUUCUACUGUUGAAACACCGGUUUGGUUAAUAUCUAAUUCAGCUCAGAUGAACGACGACUCUCUUGGGAACAAGUACUGGGGUUCAUUCUACAAGGAUGAUAUUGACAUGCCUAUUCUGGUUGCUAGUCACUGGUUUGUGCCGGCAACUGUUGCCAUAAUUGGUCUGUUCCUCUUUUUUUGGCGCGUGCAAAAGCGCGGGAGGAGGAGAAGAUCUAGCUCAGCUCGUUCUACUAAUUUAUAGCCCUAAUUUGACAAGGAUUGUAUUUUUAAUUUGCUCUGGCAGGUUUUAUGAUAUGAUUUUGUUAUCCGCUACUGUGUUAAAACACAAAAUCAGAAAAACUGUUAGAAGAAUAAAAGAAAC